AUGGCCGCCGCCGGGGCAGCUGCACUUGUUGCGCUCCUCGCCGCGCUUGUUGUCACGCAUUCUGGCGCAAGCGCACUACCGGUGGUGAACAACCACACCUCCGCCGUCCGCCAACUCCGCGGCGGCGGCUGGCAGGCGGCCAAGGCCACCUGGUACGGCGCGCCCAACGGCGCCGGCCCCAACGACAACGGUGGCGCGUGCGGGUUCAAGAACACCAACCAGUACCCGUUCAUGUCCAUGACGUCGUGCGGCAACCAGCCCCUGUUCCAGGACGGCCAGGGCUGCGGCGCAUGCUACCAGAUCAGGUGCACCGCUAAGAAUAACCCUGCCUGCUCCGGCGAGGUGAAGACGGUGAUGAUCACGGACAUGAACUACUACCCGGUGGCCAGGUACCACUUCGACCUCAGCGGCACGGCGUUCGGGUCCAUGGCGAGGCCCGGGCUGAACGACAAGCUCCGGCACGCGGGCAUCAUCGACAUCCAGUUCAGGAGGGUGGCCUGCAACAACCGGGGGCUCACCGUCAACUUCCACGUGGAGGUGGGCUCCAACCCCAACUACCUGGCGGUGCUGGUGGAGUACGCCAACAAGGCCGGCACCGUGGUGCAGAUGGACGCGAUGGAGGCCAACUCGGGCUACUGGAUGCCCAUGCGCCGCUCCUGGGGAUCCAUCUGGCGGCUCGACUCCUACCGCCCGCUCAGGGGCCCCUUCUCCAUGCGCAUCCACAGCGAGAACGGCAGGACGCUGGUGGCGAACAAUGUCAUCCCGGCAAGCUGGAGGCCCAACACCGACUACCGCUCCUACGUCCAGUUCACUUAA